CUCUACCUCACUCACUGCUGCACACCAUGUCUGCCCUUGCCGAGUUGUCCCAGAAGCUCAAGUCGACCGACUUUGACACGAUCCCCGUCAUCGACAUGACGGACGCGCGCCAUCCCGAGCUUGAGAAGCGCAAGGCGCUUGCCAAUCAGAUCCGGGACGCGUGCUUGAACGAGGGCUUCUUCUACGUGAAGAACUCUGGCGUGGACGAGAAGGUCGUCGACGCGACCUACGCCCAGUCCAAGGCCUUCUUCAAGCUCCCCGCCGAGGUCAAGAAGACUAUCGACAUCUCCAAGUCGGACAACUUCCGCGGAUACAUGGGCCUCCUGACCGAGAACAACGACCCCGCAAACAAGGGCGACUACCACGAGGCGUUCAACCUCGGCCUCGACCCCUCGCUGCGCCCCGACGCGGCCCAGACCGACUCGGACGACGCCAAGCUGCGCCACGGCGGCAACCUCUGGCCUGCGGAGAAGGACUGGUCGCAGGCGCCCGAGUUUAAGUCGACCGCCCUCGACUACUACAAGGAGGUGCUUGAGCUCGGCGAGAAGCUCUUCCCGCUGUUCGCGCUCGCGCUGGACCUCCCUGAGACCUUCUUCGACGACAAGAUCCGUAACCCCGCCGCUAUCAUGCGCCUGCUCUUCUACCCCGCCCUCUCAGAGGACGACGCCGACGAGCUGAUGCCGGGUAUUGGUGCCCACACCGACUUUGAGUGCUUCACCAUCCUGCGCCAGGACGACGUGCAGGCGCUCCAGGUGUCGAACCGCGAGGGCAAGUGGAUCGACGCCAAGUGCAUUCCCAACACGUUCGUCAUCAACAUUGGCGACCAGUUUGCGCGCUGGACCAACGACAUCUUCGUGAGCACGCGCCACCGUGUGCUGCCUGCCCGCGCGCGCGACCGCUACUCGAUCCCCUUCUUUUUCGGGUGCGACCACGACGUCGUGAUGCACCCCAUCCCGACCUGCGUCUCGGCGGACAGGCCGAACAAGUACGAGGUCAUGACGGCCGGCGACUAUGUGCACAUGCGCCUGAGCGACAUCUACGCCGCGGGCGUCGCGAAGAAGGACGAGGCGUAG